GAUCAUGAACCGGAUCAUCAACACACUGGAGCUCCGGUUCUCUCCGCCGACAUGUCCCCCUGCUCUCUGCCGGCUCACAGAGCUCUCCUUUCGGCCUUCUCCCUGCUACUGCUCCCCCUAUCCCUCUCCCUCCUGGAGGUCCCUCACAUUGCCCGGUUCUUCGGCACUAAGACCCGGUAUGAGGAGGUGAACCGGGCUCUGCUGCUAGACCCCCUGUGGGUUAACCGGUCCGUGCUGAGACCUCCUCCCGGAGAGAGCUGCUCCCCGGUGCAUCUCACCGCCCUGAUCCGGCACGGUAGCCGGUUCCCCACCGUGAAGAACAUCCAGAGGAUCCGGAGGCUCAGCGAGCUGGUGAGGCGGGCAGGGGGGGCCGAAGGGGGGGAAGCGACCGGAGGGGGGCCCAGGGACAUGCUGCAGGAGAUCUGGAGCUGGGAGAACUGGUACACCGAGGACAUGGACGGGCAGCUGGUUGAUAAGGGCCGGCAGGACCUCCGCCUCCUAGCGCAGCGCCUCCAGCGCCUGCUCCCCUCCCUGCUGUCAGAGGAGAACAGCUUCAGCCUGAAGAGCAGCUCCAAGCACCGCUGUGUGAGCAGCAUGGAGGCCUUCCAGGAGGGGCUGCAGGGGGGGGCAGUCGGGCGGUUCUCUCACUCCGUUGACGACGAGCUGCUGCGGUUCUUCGAGCGUUGCCGUGGUUACGUGGAGGGCGUGGAGAAGAACCGGUCUGCGCUGGUGGAGGUGAAGCGGUUCAAAGAGGGGGGGGAGAUGGAGGGAGUCCAGGGGAGGGUUGCUCUGAAACUGGGGCUCCCUCCCCACCUCCUCACACCAGAUCUGGUAGAAGCUGCCUUCUUCCUCUGUUCUUAUGAACUCUCCAUCCGGUCCCUGAACUCACCGUGGUGCUUCCUGUUCACUGAGGAGGACGCCAGGGUGUUGGAGUAUAAGUCGGACCUGAAGCAGUUCUGGAAGCGUUUCCACGGUCAUGUGAUCAGCGGUCUGUCCAGCUGUCCGUUAUUUCACCACGUCUUCAGAACGCUGGACAAAGCAGGACGCCCACGCAGGGCAACGGACGCCCCCCCCGCCCCGACAGCCUCUGUGCUGCUGGGUCACGCUGAGACCCUGCUGCCCCUCCUCUCUCUGCUGGGGCUCUACAGGGACCCCCAGCCCCCCACUGCUGACAACUACCAGCAACAGCAUGGUCGUAGCUUCCGCUCCAGCCAGAUCGUCCCGUACGCCGCUAACCUGCUCUUCGUUCUGUUCGACUGCCAGCGCGGCCCCCGCCUGCAGCUGCUGCUCAACGAGACGCCGGUUCGAUUCCCCGGUCUGCCCGGCGACGACGCGCCGCUGUACCGGGACGUCCGGGCCGUGUACCGCCCCCUGCUGGACGGCUGUGACUCCGCCCGCGAGUGUGAGGGCCGGGGGGGCCGCGCGCCCAACACCGAACUCUGAUUGGAUGCAGGUUUAGCGGGAGCAAAAUCUGACCAAUGAGGUUCCUUAUAAACCAGGGGAGUGUGUCGUUUCUAACCAGGUCACAUGACCUGCUGACCUUCAGGGUUAAAUAUGAAAUAUGAUUUCUGGACCGGGUUAUCUCCCGUCUGCUUUUUUGUUCUGAGCUUCGGUUAAAUCAGAAAAGCUUUUUAAGCGCGGUAGCUGUAAGCAGCGGUGCUUCUAAUGCAGGCUGCUGAUUGGCUCAUAUUUGCCCACAUGACAGAAACCUGAUUUCUGAUUGGCUGGUUUGAAGAGAGGAGGUUCAUUGUCUUUACCUCCAGAUGUUGCACCCUGCCAGCCUCUGGAUGUUUGCAGUUCUGCUCUUAAGCUUUAAUAUUGGCAGGUUUUAUUUUCAGGGUUUAUUUAUUCAGGUGUAAAUUAUUAUGGGAUGUUUUUUCAUUGAUUUUUCUCUUCAGGUUAAAUAUUCUUUGACUUCCUGUUUUAUCGCCAAAUGUUUAAUUCUAAGCUUUAAUAAACUUUUUCAAAUUGAAAAA